UGCACACGAGAGUGGCGGUGACGAGCAGACGAGGUAAGACGUGACAAGACGAGACGAGUCGGCUGGCAGUUUAGUGUCUUUUUUUUUUUUUAAAAGUCUCUUGCUUAAUUUGUAGUGUUUUAAAUGUGAUGUUUCAACGUGAAGUUUAGACAUUCAAAGAGGCAGUGGCAGCAGGUGCGCUUCGAAUGCAUGUCUGUAUUUCUUCGGACUAAUUCAGUUGAGUAUUUGUGCCCGUCUGAGAUAUGACUGAGGUGAUGAUCAACAGCACCCCAAUGGACGACAUGAGGCUCAGUCCCACCAAGGACAGGCUUUCUUUCCAGAUCUUCCCCGACCCAUCGGACUUUGAGCGCUGCUGUAAGCUCAAGGACCGCCUGCCCUCCAUCGUGGUGGAACCAACCGACGGCGAGGUGGAGAGCGGCGAGCUCCGCUGGCCUCCCGAGGAGUUCCUGGUAAGCGAAGGGGAGGACGACCAUGACGAAGCGCAGCCCAAUCACAAUGGGAUCCAAAACGGACAGGCCCCGGCGAACUCCAAGCACUAGGAGCCGCUAGCCCUUUUGCUUCCGAUGUCCAACCGUUCACGCACUGGUCACGCUGCACCUUAAACCUUUCCGGCUGACACCACACGAAAGAAGCAAUAGUUUUGUCGCACUGCCACUCGAUGGGACGUCGUUCGCAUUCUUGAGAAAAGACUUGGGACUGCGCUAACACCGGGGGCCAUGACAUGGCUCCGCUGACCCACCCCACCCAAAAAAGAAUUGCGCUUAACCCUCCAGCUGUGUUCACUCUCUGGAUUGCUGUUAAGUAUUUGCCUCUACGCAAGGUUUAGCCGUUUUGUUUGAUGUCGUGGGUGUCGCAUGAGCUGAGGAUUGUAUUCUUUUUUUAUUUUCCAGUCUAAAGUUAACAUCUUUGUACUUGUAGUUCAGCGCUAGAUGGUAAUAGAUUUUUUUUUAAGGAGAUAGUAGCAUGUAGAUGUUUAGUGCAGUUUUGCUUCAAGAGUGAUACAUUGUUGUACUAUUUCGUCGAUACACGGGGUUCUUCACUAAAGUCACAAUUCGGCACACGGGUAGAUUUCCAGUUGUAGCCAAAAAGUGCAAGGAGGAGAAAACCGGUGCGCUGAAUCGAUUUACUAGUGACAACAACUUUGUAUAACUCGUGAGGGAAAACUGCUUUAGUUGAUACUAGCGUGCUAGCGUGUUCUACUUGUGCGCUUCACUGCGGCGGUUUUAAGCAAGAGCAAAGGAAAGGGAAGCUAGUUUGCUAACCGGAUGCUAAUUGCUCGCCCUGUGUGGCCUUACGACUUGACCAUUUGCAAAUUACAAUGUUUUUUUAAUUAUUUUUUUUCUCUUCGGUGGACGUAUAAUGGAUCCCGUCACAAGUGAACACUCUGCUCCUCUCUAUUCUUCCAACUUGUUUCUGUGGAAGCAGCUGUACUUUUUGUCACCAUGUAGCAUCGAUAUG